UCAUCGAUUGACUACAUUGGCUUGCUUUAUCGUUUCGCAUCUACUUCUUCUUCCUGUGUGUGGGGCGUUGGGUGAAUCCAAUCCAGUUUUGGCGCUCUUUCAUUCAGGAUCGACGAAGAGGAGCUGAAUCUCUUCGUCUCGCUCUCGUCGAUUCCAAUUCGGAAUUCCAUGGCCGCUCUUCACAGCUCCUCCUGCACUGCUCCGGUCAAAAACGGUCUUCCUCCUCAGGAACUCCUCGACGAUCUUUGUAGUCGGUUUGUUUUGAAUGUGCCGAAGGAAGAUCUACAGUCAUUUGAAAGGAUUCUUUUUCUCAUAGAGUAUGCACAUUGGUUUUAUGAAGACAAUUCAGUGGAAAGAAAUCCGUCUUUAAAGUCAUUAAAUCUGAAGGAGUUCACUUCGUUACUGUUCAAAAGUUGUGAUGUCUUAAAACCAUAUGUCGCCCAUAUUGAUGAUAUCUUUAAAGACUUCACUUCAUACAAGGUUCGAGUUCCUGUAACUGGGGCAAUCAUAUUAGAUGAGACCUCUGAACGGUGCUUGUUGGUGAAGGGGUGGAAAGGAUCAAGUUGGAGUUUUCCACGAGGUAAAAAGAGCAAAGAUGAGGAAGACCAUGCUUGUGCCAUUAGAGAAGUACUGGAAGAAACAGGAUUUGACAUUACAAAUCUUAUCAACAAAUCUGAAUACAUAGAGGUUAUAUUUGGACCGCAAAGGGUGCGGCUUUACAUCAUUGCUGGUGUAAAAGAUGAUAAUAUCUUUGCCCCACAAACUAAGAAAGAGAUCAGUGAAAUUGCAUGGCAUCGACUUGGUGAUCUUGAACCAGCUGGUGAUAAUGUAAUAUCUCGUGGGAUGAACGGUCUCAAGCUUUAUAUGGUUGCUCCUUUUUUGGCAUCUCUGAGGUCAUGGAUUUCGACACAUCAGCCCCCUGUAGCUUCAAAACCUGAUGUGUCAAUAAGAGGAUUAACCGUAUGGAAGGCUAAGAACAGCUCGAUAGGUAGCAGCAGUACAAUCGUGAUAGAGAGCCAAUUAAGUAAACCAGACAUGGAUGUUCAUGUUUCCACCCCCGACACGGGUCCAGGCAAGAGCUUCAGAAACUUCAAGUUUGAUACUGCCUCAAUCAUACAGUCCAUGGAAAGAGCCUUUUCUUAAAAGUCUUCUCUAAGUCUUAAAAGACCUUUUGUCUUAGUUGGUACAUGCUUAGACCCUANAAAA